GCCCAUGGUUUCGCUCCACUCUCCUACGAAUCUAUCUAUCUUCUUCCUCAAAAAUCCACUUUUAUCGAAUCCCUUACCCUUUUAAAACACAUUCCCUUUUUUUCUCACCGUCUCCUCGUUUAUACCAAACACUGUUCGUUCUUUUAUCUUUUUCAUCUUCUUCUUCUCCCUGUCCGAAUCAAUAACCAUAUUGAAUGGGAGCUGGUACAGUUGUUGUGAGAGAUCGAGUGCGGAAAGAUCUCUCUGAGAUUUCAAACAAAACCAAUAUUCCGGCGACGAAACCCAUCGUUUCCUCCGCCUCUCCGGAGACUCGUUCAAUCUCACGGAAGAAGAUCCAACGGCGGAGCAAGAAAGCCGUGAUCUCUCCCGUACAGAAGCUAUUCGAAACUUGCAAGAAAGUAUUCGCUAAUGGCAAACCCGGCGUCGUACCGUCCCAAGAACACAUUAACAUGCUUCGAGCCGUUCUCGACGAAAUCAAGCCUGAAGAUGUUGAUUUGAGCCCUAAGAUGCCUUAUUUCCGAUCUAAAUCGACCGGGCGACCUCCAGUGACGUAUCUCCACAUCUACAAAUGUCAUAGCUUCUCGAUGGGCAUUUUCUGUUUACCACCAACUGGUGUAAUCCCACUUCACAAUCACCCGGAGAUGACUGUGUUUAGUAAGCUUUUGUUUGGUACAAUGCACAUCAAAUCCUAUGAUUGGGUCGCUGAUUCUCCCCAGCCGAGUUCGGAUACUCGUUUGGCGAAAGUGAAAGUAGAUUCAGACUUUACAGCACCUUGUGACACUUCUAUACUCUACCCUGCCGAUGGAGGGAAUAUGCAUUGCUUCACCGCGAAAACAGCUUGUGCGGUUCUUGAUGUUCUUGGUCCUCCGUACUCCGACCCUGCAGGACGUCACUGUACUUACUAUCUCGAUCACUCGUUCUCAAGCUUCUCAGUUGAUGGAGUUGAGGUUGGGGAGGUGGAGAAGGAAGGGUAUGAGUGGUUGAAGGAGAGGGAAGAGGAGCCUGAGGAUUUGACUGUUACGGCGAUGAUGUAUAGUGGACCAAUAAUCAAAGAAUGAAUGUGUAGGAAAAAAAGAAUUCUCUUUUUCGUUUGUUGUUCUUUCUUUUAACUUCUUUUUAUGUGUGAUUUUUGGGUUUCUGUUGGUUUUGUCUGUAUAUAAAAAGAAGUCUUUGAAAGUACACACAACACAAGGACAAAUCUUGAAUUUGGAUAAGGCAGAAUAGUAGCGCAAGUACACAUUUUGUCGGAAUAUUGUACUGUUUAGGCAUCAUCACCAUGAUCCUUUGUUAGAAGUUGUUGAGGUGUCUUUCACAUAAAUAUAAGUUUGUAAAGUCAACAAACAAGGAUUCAUGUAGCUCAGAUGCUCGAGCGCUUAACGUGCAGAGCCCCCCGCAUCUCCCAUUUAUAUGUUGAGACCAGUAAAGGGCUACGAAGUUCUUGCAUGCUUCAA